UUUUUAAUCAAAAAUAUUUUACUUUUUUUUUUUGGCUAAAUGACAACAAACUUACUAUUAUAUUGACAUAUUGUUUAGAUACUCAAUGGGUAUCUUAACCAAUGGAAGCCCACACUUAGAUGAGUUUCUCAGCUUAAUCUAAACUAAACAUAAUAUUAUUUUAUUAGUUAGAUACUUAAUGGGUAUAAAGUAUAAACUAAUGGAGGUGUUGUUAGGUUAACUUUUUUCUUAAAACCUAAUUUCCUUUUGCUUUUAGUUGGAGCCGCCUCUGCUCUAUAUGUAUAUUCUACGAGGCAUAAAACCUAUUACCUUAUAAAGACUAAAGGGAAGCAAAAAAAAAUCUGAAAGUAUGCACAGAAACUACAUGAAGGAAGAAGGCGUUCGAGUACGAGAAGAAGUCCCAAAACCCGCCGGAGAACCCUCACUUUACGGUUCAAGUUCUGACUCGCACAGCCUUUACUUCAAGGGUUUGAUAAGCUUUCAGACAACAACGGGUUUAUUGGCUGGAUUUGGGGUUGCAAUUUGCAGAGAAGAGGAUGAUAGUUUCUUGUUUAAGAACAAGGGUUCACUUAAUUACUCCGGCAUUACAGGUUGGGAGGCUGAGCUUAUGGCAUUGAAGCUAGGACUAGCCAAAGCCGUGAGUAUGAGGAUCAAUCAUAUCUCAAUUUAUUUUGAUGAUCCUGAGAUUUUUGAAUUGGUCAUGGGGAGAUCUGUGCCUAAGCAUGAGAAAAUCGCCAUGCUCAUAGAUGAUGUGCAACGCAUCAGACAACAAUUUACAUCUAGCAUCCCUAUUCUUGUGGCUAGAAAUCAAACUGAGUUUGUCUAUAAACUUGCCAAGGAAACAAUAGUUUCUAACACCAGCAUACCUAUGCGUCGUGGUUCUCAGAAGAAGACUUGUGGUAACUGCUUUCACGAUGAUGUGGAAGGUGAGAAGAUGUUUUCCGUUGCUUUAUGCAGUCAUCACUUCUGUGUGGACUGCAUGAAACAACAUAUAGAAGUUAGUCUAAACGAGGGAGUUGUACCGAGAUGUCCUCAUUAUGGCUGCACAUCAAACCUAACACUUAAAAUCUGUGCCCAUCUUUUGACACCUAAACUAAAGGAGAUGUGGGAACAUAGGAUAAAAGAGGAGUCAAUUCCUGUAUGUGACAGAUUUCAUUGCCCAAAUCCAAGGUGCUGGGCAUUGAUGUCGAAAACCGAGCUUGUUGAAUCUACUGAAGAUGGUGUUAGAAGACACUGCUUUAAAUGCCGUAAACACUUUUGCAUUACCUGCAAAGUUCUGUGGCAUAGUAACUUGUCUUGCAAGGAAUACAAGAGUUCGGUUCAAAAGCCUACUACAACAGUGUGGCGUCAAUGUAGAAGUUGCCAACACAUGAUAAAACUAUCGGGAAAAUGCAUCAAUGUCACUUGCAGGUGUGGCUAUAGGUUUUGUUAUGCGUGUGGAGCCCAAUGGAAGCUUGGAGGUUGCUCUCAUCAUCGCCAAGCGGUGAUGGAACUGGUGGUUGGUUUAGUCCUCAUUUUUCUUGUUUUCAUAGGUCUUUCAAUUAUUAUGCCCACGGUUAAGUAGAUGAUAAUGAUCAAGUACUAUUUACAUGGAUUGGUAUGGGAUUUUAGUCUAUGUGUUUGGAUCAACACAUAGAUGAAUAGUUGUUGUUUUGAAACACUUUCCAUCUCUUUUUAUUUGUUUAAUUUUAGACUUUUAAGAUUUUUU